AGUAGAUGGCGGUAAUGCAACAUUUAUUGGAUGCCUACCGCCGUUAAACCUAAUCGAAGACAACUAAUUUGUCCUUUCACAGUUUCCGUAGUAGUGUUUUACGUCCAGUACGUCCGGAAAACAAGAAAAAAGCGAUCCAAUGCUUUAAGAGGUCGCAGUCAGAUCGAGGACAAUAUCACAACAACAAACCUGGUUUCGAAUUUUGGUAGGUAGAAUAGUACGAAGUGUUUGCCUCUCCAUGCUGCUGUGCCGCAUUUCAGCAGUGAGCCAGAGCGUAGCGAGAUGGGGAACGAGUGUUCGGAGAGGCGCCCUUCUCCACCCCGCACUCUCCUUCAACUCCAACCGUUGUCAAAAUGUCAGCUCCACCGAAGGUACCGUUCACCCUGCAGCCGCCCAGGGUMCCGGGCCGUACCGCGACAGCGUGUUGCUUCCCCGUACUGAAUUCCCCAUGAAACUAACCGGACAGAAUCUCAUAGACCGGGAGGUACAGAUACAACAGGAGUGUGGCUUUGCAGAACUCUACUCAUGGCAGAGAGAGAGGAAGGCAAAGAAGGAAUACUGUCUCCARGAUGGCCCCCCAUACGCCAACGGGGACCCACAUGUGGGACAUGCCCUCAAUAAGAUCCUCAAAGACAUCCAGAACCGCUUUGAGAUGCUGAGGGGGAAACAGGUUCACUAUGUCCCAGGCUGGGACUGCCAUGGGCUACCCAUUGAGCUGAAGGCACUGGGAGAGCUGGGAACCAGUGGACUGAGCCCUCUGCAGAUAAGACAGAAAGCCCGGGAGUUUGCGAAGGGGGCUAUCGCUCGUCAGCGCGCUGCCUUCCAGCGCUGGGGCGUGAUGGCGGACUGGGAUAAGUGCUACUACACCUUUGAUGGGACUUAUGAGGCAGCUCAGCUUAAGGUCUUCCAGGACAUGCACAGCAAGGGUCUGAUCUACCAGGACUACAAGCCAGUUUUCUGGUCUCCUUCCUCCAGGACAGCUCUUGCAGAGGCAGAGUUGGAGUAUAACCCACAGCACGUGAGCAAAGCAAUCUACGCCACCUUCGCCCUGGCCACCCUGCCCCCUAAGAUGGCGGAAGCUGUAGGGGAGUUGGGCAGCAUUUCUGUGUUGGUGUGGACCACCCAACCAUGGACCAUCCCAGCCAACCAGGCUGUCUGCUUUAUGCCCAAUGCCCAGUACUCAGUAGUGAAGAGGAGAGACAGCUCACAGCUCCUCCUAGUGGCCACUGAGCGCGUUUCCAGCCUGGCAACACUGCUGAGCACAGAGCUGGAGAGUGUGGGCACUUUCACAGGUGCAGAACUUGAGGGAGGAGUCUGCCAGCAUCCCACCAUUCCCAGGAAGGAGGUUCCAUUGCUUCCAGCCAAUUUUGUGACCAUGGGCAAAGGAACGGGAUUGGUCCACACAGCUCCUGCCCAUGGGAUGGAGGACUACAGUGUGGCCUCACACUUUAAACUGUCAGUGGAGUGUAUCGUGGAUGAGGAAGGCAGAUUCACUGAGCUGGCUGGGCCUGAGCUACAGAGUCUGUCUGUGAUGGGGGAGGGCAACGAUACAGUGAUCUCCAUGCUGAAGGCUGUCGGUUCUCUAGUGAAGGAGGAGGAGUGUGUCCACAGUUACCCGUACGACUGGAGGAGUAAAGAGCCUGUAGUCAUCAGACCCAGCAAACAGUGGUUCAUUAACAUCGCCAGCCUCAAAGACAAGGCCAAGGAAGCGCUGGCUAAGGUGCGUGUGAUCCCAGAAUCGGCGAGGGGCAGUCUGUUGGCCCACCUGGACAGAAGACCGUACUGGUGUAUCUCACGCCAGAGGAGCUGGGGUGUGCCCAUACCUGUGUUCUACCACAAGGAGACAGGAGAGCCUCUCAUUAACAAGCACACUGUAUCCCAUGUGACCCAGCUGUUCUCAGAGAAGGGCAGUGACUGCUGGUGGGAGCUSCCCCUGGAAUCUCUACUGCCACCAGAGGUGCUCAAGAAGAGUAAAGCAGGAGAGGUAACCGACUACGAGCGUGGAGAUGAUGUGUUGGACAUCUGGUUUGACAGUGGAACCUCCUGGGCUGCUGUUCUUGAAGAAAUGAAGGAGGAGAGUGACACUGACUCUGAGUCACGGCUCAGCUGGCUCCCUACCUCCCUACGCAAACCCCUGGUGCCAGACUCGAGGGCUGAUGUGUAUGUGGAGGGAAAGGACCAGAUAGGUGGUUGGUUCCAGUCCUCUCUGCUCACCAGUGUUGCCGUGCAGAAAAUGGCACCCUACAAGGCUCUCAUGAUACAUGACUUUGUGAUAAGUGAGAAAGGAGAGAAGAUGUCCAAGUCUUUAGGCAACGUAGUAGACCCCGAUACAGUCAUCCACGGGGGGGAGGACCCCAGUGUGUCUCCUGCCUAUGGAGUGGAUGUGUUGCGUUGGUGGGUGGCAGAGUCCAACGUCUUCUCUGAGGUCCAGAUCGGCCCCAACGUGCUCAACUCAGCCAGAGACAGCAUCAAUAAGUUGAGGAAUACCCUGAAGUUCUUGCUAGGGAAUCUGCAGGGUUUUGACCCUCGAACUCAGGCAGUGGACCCUAAAGAAAUGCACUACAUCGACCAGUACCUACUGCACCUUCUACGGAACUACAGUAUGAAGAUGACAGAUGCCUACAAUGAUUUUGGUGCGGGCAGGGCCAUCCGCCUGCUCCAAGCCUUCAUCACCAGAGACCUCUCCAAGUUCUACUUCAGCAUCAUCAAGGACAGGCUGUACUGUGAUCCUGAGGACUCGUUGGGUCGGCGGUCCUGUCAGACGGUUCUAGAGGAGAUUCUGGACGGAGUGACGCGCUCCAUCGCUCCUAUCCUACCUCACCUGGCCGAAGAGGUCUACUUACACGCCCCAGGACAUAACGAGGGGGAGACCCUGUUCAGGAGUGGCUGGAUUAAGAGCAGUCCUGUGUGGCGGAGGCCGGGAUUGGAGGAAGCCGUGGAGGGGGCAUGCGCUAUCAGGGAUUCCUUCCUGUCCUCUAUCCCAGGACGCAAUGCAGCCGAAUAUGAGCUGACCAUAGAGAUUGAGCCUGGCCUACUGUUUGAACUCAUUGAGUCUCUCCAAGACGAACCUACUUCCUCUUACUCUCAGCUAACAGAGCUGAUGAUGUCAUCGCAGACAACCCUGACUAGCGCCCUGCCCAGAGACCUGCCCGCUGAUGCCCUCAUCAGCAACGGCAGUUUCCUCAUCAACCUUGAGGGUGGGGUUAUCCGUGAGGACAGUGCUUACCAAGUAGCGGCAGUGCCCACCUCCAUGGCCCGGUGCCCGAGGUGCCGCCGGUACACCUCAAACUCUCCAGACUGCCCCUGCCCCCGCUGCCAGACCAUCCUUACUAGGGCGCAGUGACAUGUCCAUCCGCACCAUGACAACCUGCAAAUUGCCCUCUGACCCGGUCUGUCUGCUUGAACUGACUCCAGACAACCAGGGGUCAACAAAGAAAGACCCUGCUUAGCAACGCACAGAGAGGGUUAACAGCCAGACAUUUCUUCAGCUCUUCAACUGACAUUGACUCUAGCAUGUUGCCGCAUGCAGUGAGGAUGGAUGGUUUACGAUACAGGCUUCGUAAAACAAAGCACACAUUUUAUUUUGAUAGAGGGAAUUGUCUUAAGAGCUAUGCAGUACUUUUGAGUUCAUAAGACACCUCCCAAAGAAGGGCACAUCAGUAAGGUUUCAGUGAUGUUUCCUAGAAAGGGACAUGUAUUGAUAGUCCUGGACCCCUCCUAUGAGGCACAGAGUGCAGUAAUAUACCUACUAAGAGAAUCAAGUCAUCGGGUCUGUUAUUGUAUGUAUUAGAAGGAUAUAUAGGGGAUGGUACAACACUGAGCGCUUUGUUUUUUAUUUGUAUUCAUGUUUAAUGAUAAUCUGUAUAGUACUCCUGUCCACUUGUAUCAAAUAAAGGAUUAUCAUUCAAAUACA